AUGACAUAUGACAAUCACGAACAUGACCGCCGUAUUGUAAAUUCAUGCUUGGGAGCAACUGAAUGUCUUAAAAGCAGUUGUCCAUUUUAUAGCAAGGCAACUAAACCUCUUACCGGAGAGGCUGCUAUAAAACAAAGUGAAUGUCAUUACUGCGACACGCUUUUGAGCUGGAUUAAAUGUGAAGUAAAAGUAGAGUAUCUCUUCAAAGUAAAAGCCAGGACUUGGACCACCAUGCGUAUGAUAAACAAGGAUUGCAGAAUAAGACACACCCUUGGUGUAUACAACUCUAAGCAUCUUUCUAUGACAGAAAAGUUAGAACUCGAUAAAAUUUUGGAAAAGAAUCCUACCAUGACACCCACUACUGCACUGAAAAAGUCAAGAAUCAGACAGGGACUUGAAAGCAAAAGCAAUGGCGACUUUUUCGAAGAGUUCAUUAAAAUCGAAAAUGAUUUUCCUAAUUUUAUUAACCAUGCACAAGUGAUGAGUUCUGAAUUUUACAUUAUCUUUUCCUCUCCUGAAAUGACAAAAUUCAAGUUGCCCUUUGACAAGCACCCCAUUGUCGCGGAUGAAAUGAAAAAGCAUAUGGUGUUUUUUCAAGCUGUCAUCAAGCACCAAACCGCCGAACAGUUUGCCUUCUACUUCAAGGCGUUGUUUAAGAAGUAUGCAAUUGUAUCAAAGUUCUUUCUUGGUAUACUUUUAGAUUUCUCUAAAGCUGAGCAACGAGGUUUUCAACAAGCCUGCGAAGAGAAUUUCAAUAUGGACGAUAAAUCAUCUUUGUCAUUAAUUAAAGGAUGUUAUUUUUAUUGGAUGCAAUCUGUCCAAAGAAUUAUGAAAAUCCAGAGAAUUGUUUCUGCCGAUAAAUCUAAAGAAUUUAUUUCUAUUGCUAAUACGUUGCAAAAAACGACCAGGGAAGAGUCUUAA